AUGGCGUCGCUCUCCCUCUCCCUCCGCGCCAACGCCUCCGCCUCCCCGGCCGCCGCCGGAUCCCGCGCCGCCGCCUCAAUCAAGGCGUCGUGCGUGAGGAGCAAGGUUACCUGCAGCUUACCAUCCAUCAGAGCUACCUCCUCGCCUGCUAGAAGCAUUGAGCCCGUAAGAGCCACGGCCACACAGGCGCCCCCUGCCACCCCUCAAACUUCUAGUGGGGAGAAAACAAAGGUCGGCAUCAAUGGUUUUGGGCGGAUUGGGAGGUUAGUUCUGAGAAUUGCAAUCGAUAGAGAUGAUAUUGAAGUUGUGGCCGUCAAUGAUCCGUUUAUCGAUGCUAAAUACAUGGCCUACAUGUUUAAGUAUGAUUCCACACACGGUCCAUUCAAAGGAACCAUAACAGUUCUGGAUGAGUCAACCUUGGAGAUUAAUGGGAAGAAAGUCUCAGUUACAAGCAAAAGGUGGUGCCACAUAUCUCUUUUCUUAUCAACCCCAACGCUGACAAGUGUCAGAUUCAGAUAUCAAGUGUUCUUUUCACUGGACCCCUCAGAUAUCCCUUGGGGUAACUUUGGAGCUGAAUAUGUUGUUGAAUCAUCUGGUGUUUUUACAACAGUUGAGAAAGCUUCAGCACAUUUGAAGGGGGGUGCGAAGAAAGUGGUGAUAUCGGCUCCGUCAGCGGAUGCUCCCAUGUUUGUGGUUGGAGUAAAUGAGAAGAAUUACAACCCUAGCAUGGAUGUUGUCUCUAAUGCUAGUUGUACCACCAACUGUCUUGCUCCUGUUGCCAAGGUUGUCCAUGAGGAGUUUGGCAUUCUUGAAGGCCUAAUGACAACUGUCCAUGCCACAACAGCCACUCAAAAGACUGUUGAUGGUCCUUCGAUGAAGGACUGGAGGGGAGGACGUGGUGCUGGUCAAAACAUCAUCCCUAGCUCUACGGGUGCAGCAAAGGCUGUUGGAAAGGUCCUUCCAGCUUUAAAUGGAAAGCUCACUGGCAUGGCCUUCCGGGUUCCUACACCUAACGUGUCCGUUGUUGAUCUGACCUGCCGACUUGAGAAAAGCGCUUCCUAUGAAGAUGUGAAAGCAGCUAUCAAGGAAGCAUCAGAAGGUUCACUUAAAGGUAUUCUAGGCUACACAGAUGAGGAUGUUGUUUCAAACGAUUUCGUUGGUGACACAAGGUCGAGCAUAUUUGAUGCCAAUGCUGGUAUGGGUCUAAGUUCAUCUUUCAUGAAGCUCGUCUCCUGGUACGACAACGAGUGGGGCUACAGCAACCGUGUCCUGGAUCUGAUCGGGCACAUGGCUCUUGUCAACGCCUAA